AUGUCCCAGUCGCUCACGCAGAGGGAUAUCCUGCUCCUGCCGCAAGCCUCCCAGGCCGAUAUGUUGUUGACGAUGUUGACGAAUCAGCAGAUGGGCUCAUCCUCGUCAGGUUCAGCGCAACAAGAUCAUCUACCACCCACAACUCCGUUGACACCAUUGACACCACAUACACUUCUACAACAACAACAACAACAUCAGCAACAACAACAGGCACCCGUACCUAGCCCGACCCGUGUCACGUCAACGCAUAUGCCAUCGGCGUUGUGCGAAAAGUUGAUCCAGUUGUGCAACCAGUAUCACGUCAUCAUUUCCGAUAAUGGCAACUCGAUGGACUGCCGAAUGAAGAGGCGGAAUCUGUGGAUGGAGAUCAGCCGACAAUUGAAUAGCGAGUUCAACGUCGAGUUCACGGCGGACCAGUACAAGAAAAAGUACCAGAACCUGAAGACGGCGCUCAAGACCAAAAUGCAGAACCUGGGCCAACCCGGCACGUCGAUGCGGACCGUGUCCCCGGAUUCGCGACGCGACUCGCAGGGCUCGGCCAACUCGCAGACCCAACCUGUGACCCCGAUCGACGUUAAACAAGAGGGAUCAAUGCUGCAGAGCUCGUCGCCAAACAGCCCGGUGCAGGCGCCGCACUUCAACAGCUCCCUGGCUAGCAUCAUUAGUUUUCCAAACUUUUUGCAGCAAUCGACGUCGCCGGUGCGGCCGACACCCCAAGUGCCCACCACCCCCCUAGCCGGGCUUUUCGACAAGAAUGCCAUUCUCGCGUUGGCCGUCCAGGCUGCCCAGCAGCAGUUCAAUCUACCCGGCCUCGCGGGGAUCAGCCCCCAGAUUGGCGGCGAUAUGGCCGGCAACCUUCCCAGCGGCUCGGACAUGGCCAGUCUCCUGGCGUUCGCCACGAACCAUCAAAUGGAGCGUGAGAAUUCGCUGGAGACGAGCGUGGCCGGUCCCCUGCAUCCACUGUCCGUAUUGAGACCCAUUUCAACGGGGGAUCCGGAUCGGGAUGCCGAACAUAUCACUGAUGCCCCGGGUUCGGCGAUAGAUUCGGCAUCAGUGUCGGAUCAUGUCGCUCCACACAGCUCCUCCCUGCCCCAUAUUUCUCCGCAACAAGAAGAGGAUCCGGCUCGCAUGUUUUGUCUGUCGCUGGCCGACCCGCUGCGCCGUAUCAAGCAAAAGAAUCCGGUACUGUACGUCGAGCUGAAGCGGCGGUUGUCUACGAUUGUAUUUGACGCGGAGAUGGAUACGGUACAGGCCGACUCGCAGGAGCCGCGCACGCCCACCGAAAGCGACGACCGCAUGGAG